UGAUUAGGACUGCAAUUCGCGUUUGCAGUAAUGAUAUAAAGUUUCCGGCUGCGCGAGCGUCGUGUCUAGUAAAAAAUUAUAUUUUUCAAACUCCUUUUCGACCCUAUUCUUUGACGCCGAAGCAUAAUCCUGUAAAUAUGGCAGAGAAGACAUUACCUCAAAUAUUUAAGUAUGUAGACCAAAACGUAGAUUCUUAUAAGAAAUUAUUGAAAGAAGCUGUAGCUAUCCCUUCGGUAUCCUGCGAUGCUAAAUACCGCGAUGACUGCGUGCGAAUGGUGGAGUGGACGCAGGAAAAAUUGAAAGAGGUUGGCGCUCGUACUGAACUGAGGGAUGUCGGCUAUCAGACCAUCGAAGGCAAAGAAAUUAAACUACCCCCUGUUUUGGUGGGAGUUCUGGGAAAUGACCCCAAAAAGAAUACUAUUUGCCUUUACGGGCACUUGGAUGUCCAGCCAGCUUUGAAAUCUGAUGGGUGGGAGACAGAGCCAUUUGAGCUUGUGGAACGUGAUGGCAAGCUAUAUGGUCGCGGUUCCACUGACGAUAAGGGCCCAGUACUUGGAUGGCUGCAUGCCAUCAAUGCCUACAAGGGCAUUGGAGAAGAGCUUCCUGUUAAUCUGAAGUUCGUCUUUGAAUGCAUGGAAGAAUCUGGCUCAGAGGGCCUUGAUGCUCUUCUCAUAGAGAAGUUGAAACCAGAAGGAUUUUUCAAUGAUGUCGACUAUGUGUGUAUAUCGGACAACUACUGGCUUGGCACUACCAAACCUUGCAUUACGUACGGCCUGCGUGGUAUCAGUUAUUACUUCUUAGAAAUUGAAUGCGCAAAAAUGGAUUUGCAUAGUGGUGUAUAUGGAGGAACUGUUCACGAAGCUAUGACGGAUCUCAUCUAUCUAAUGAACGAGCUUGUGGACAAAAACGGCAAGAUCUUAGUCACUGGUAUGUACGACUCCGUCGCGCCCUUGACUGAAGCCGAGAAGAGGUUGUAUACCAACAUCGAUUUUGAUACCGAAGCUUACAGGAAGUCAAUAGCUGCUACUAGAUUGGCUCACAAUGGCGACAAGGAACAAAUUCUGAUGCACCGUUGGAGAUACCCAAGUCUUUCUCUCCACGGUAUCGAAGGUGCUGCUUUCCAACCCGGAGCGAAGACCGUUAUUCCUGGGAAGGUUAUCGGAAAGUUCUCAGUGAGGAUUGUUCCGAACCAGGAGCCUGAAGAAGUUGAGAAGCUCGUGUUUGACUUCAUCAACAAGAAGUGGGCAGCAAGAGGUUCGCCGAACAAAAUGCGCAUUACUGCUCAAAGCGGACGCGCAUGGACUGAAAACCCUGACCACCCUCACUACCAGGCUGCUGCGCGUGCCACCAGACUCAUCUAUCACACGGAGCCAGACAUGUCCCGCGAGGGCGGCUCGAUCCCCGUGACCAUCACGCUGCAGGAGGCGAGCGGCCGCAACGUGCUGCUGCUGCCAAUGGGCGCCGGUGACGACAUGGCGCACUCGCAGAACGAGAAGAUCAACGUCCGCAAUUAUAUUGAGGGUAUAAAGUUGUUUGCUGCCUACUUUUACGAGGUUUCUAAGCUCGCUAAGUAAACGUUCGGCGUCGGUUCCUCAACCAAACAAUGCCAACUGUGGCCUGUCUCAAGGGACUCAUUAUAUACAUUCUUAUAUACAUAGCAUAAAGUACACAGAAUGCAUAAUUUAAGUUUUAUUUUUUGCAUAAUAUAUAUAUGAUACAUGGUAAAGGAGAAGAUUACGGAACUGAAGUAAACAUUUAAUAUUUUACAUAUCAGAUGUUAUCUUAAGCA